ACUACUUCUUUUGGACAUACUGGCUUUUUUUUCUUUCUUUUUUUCUUGUAUUUCUUGUGGAUAUUAUGGCUAAUAACACAACAAGCUUAGGGAGUCCAUGGCCAGAAAACUUUUGGGAGGACCUUAUAAUGUCCUUCACGGUAUCCAUAGCAAUUGGGCUCGUAAUUGGAGGAUCUUUUUGGGCUCUGUUUGUUUGUCUGUCCCGAAGACGAAGAGCCAGUGCUCCCAUCUCACAAUGGAGUUCCAGCAGGCGAGCUAGGUCUUCUUACCCCCAUGGCCUCAACAGAACCGGAUUUUACCGCCACAGUGGCUGCGAACGUCGAAGUAACCUCAGCCUGGCCAGUCUGACUUUCCAGCGACAAGCUUCUCUGGAUCAAAUGAAUUCCUUUCCAAGAAAAUCAAGCUUCAGAGCUUCUACUUUCCACCCCUUUCUGCAAUGUCCACCACUUCCCGUGGAAACUGACAGUCAGCUGGUGACUCUCCCUUCUGCCCGUCCUUGUCCCACCACCAGCACCUCCCACACUCUGAGCCAUCCUGACUUCCACUGGUCCAGUCACAGUCUUCGAGGUAGCGUUUCAACACCACCCCCACCUGCCUAUGAGUCCAUCAUAAAGGCAUUCCCAGAUUCCUGA